AUGCCCCCUCCCCGCUGCUCCCGCUGCCCCCUCCCCUCCUCCCUGCUCCGCUCCCGCUCCCUCCGACCUUUUUGCCGACGCUGCUUCCUCGACGCCUUCGAAUCCGAGACCCUCCGGGCUCUGCUGCCGCCCCAAAAUCCGGGAGUUUCGCCCCGAAAAGGCCAAGCCGUGGCCGUGGCCGCCUCGGGGGGCAAAGACUCGACGGUGCUCGCUCAUCUCCUGGUGCGGCUGAACCGCGAGCGGGGCCUGGGGCUGCGCCUGGCGCUUCUGGCCGUGGACGAGGGGAUUUGGGGUUACCGGGACGAAGCUUUGGGGGUGUUGAAGGGGGUGGGGGUGGGGUUGCCCCUCCCCCUCCUGCUGGUGUCCCACCGGGAGGUUUUCGGGUGGGAUUUGGAUGAUUUGGGGCCGGCCAUGGGAGGGAGGAGUCGCUGCACCGUGUGCGGGGUGUUCCGGAGGCAGGCGCUGGAGAGGGCGGCGCGGGAGAUGGGUGCGGAUUGGAUCGCUACUGGCCACAACGCCGAUGACGUGGCCGAGACGGUGCUGAUGAAUUUUCUGCGGGGCGACGUGGCCCGGCUGCGGCGCGCGGCCAACGAGGCCUCCAUGGGGGCCACCAACGGGACCUCGGGGGCCACCGACGAGGCCACCACGGCCACCAACAUCCCCAGGGCCACCAACGAGGCCUCAGGGGACGCUGUGGCCACCAACGAGGUCGCGUUGGCCACCAACAAGGUGGAGGUUCCUCCGCCCUCAAUGAUGUCCAGUGGCCCAAUGGAUGCCAACGGUGGCCGAAGGAAACUCCUGGGAAACGCGAUGGAAUUCUUGGAACGCUCAACUGAAUCUUUGGAGAAGUCAAUGGAAUCCCCCAGAAACUCAACGGAGCUCUUGGAAAACUCAACGGAUUUUUCGGCAAACCCAACAAAAUCCAACCAAAACCCAACGGAAUCAUUGGAAAACUCAACGGAACCCGACGAGAACCCAACGAAACCCAACGAGAACUCAACAGAGCCCAACGAGAACUCAACGGAGCCCAACGAGAACUCAACAGAGCCCAAGGAGAGCCCAACAAAAGCCAACGAGAACCCAAUGGAACCCAACGAGAACUCAACGGAGCCCAAGGAGAGCCCAACAAAAGCCAACGAGAACCCAAUGGAAUCCAAUGACGACCCAACGAAACCCAACGAGAACCCAACUGAACUCAAUGAGAACCCAGCGAAACUCAACGAGAACCCAACAGAACCCAACCACAACCCAACAGAAUGCAAGGGAAACUCAAUGGCACUCAGCGAGAACUCAGUGAAACUCAAGCGUGACCCGACAAAACCCAACAACGACCGCGAUCCAAUGGAACUCAACGAAAACCCAAUGAAGCUCAACGAAAACCCAAGAAGACUCAACGGGAACCCAACAAAACCCAACGAGAACCCAACGAAACCCAACAAGAACUCAACGAAACUCAAGAACCCGACGCAACCCAACGAGAACCCAACAAAACCCAACAAGAACUCAACGAAACUCAAGAACCCGAAGCAACCCAACGAGAACCCAACGAAACCCACCAAGCCCCCGAGGAGCCCCGACCCGGUGGUGCCGCGGCUGAAGCCGCUGCGGCACGCGGCGCAGAAGGAGAUCGUGCUCUACGCCCAUUUCCGGGGCCUGCCCUACGCCAGCGCCGAGUGCCGGCACGCGCCCCUGGCCUUCCGCGGCCACCCGCGGGCGCUGCUCAAGGACCUGGAGGCCUCGCGACCGGCGGCCGUGGCCGCGCUGGCCCACUCGGGGCGGCGGCUGGCCCUGGGCGCGGCGCCGGGCGCGGGGGCGGCGCCGGGGGCCUGCGGGCGCUGCGGGGCCGCGGCCAGCGGGGAGCUGUGCAUGGCCUGCGUCCUGCUGGCCGCGCUGGACAAGGGCCGGCCGAAGGUGGCGCUGGGCAAGCGCGGGCUCAGGGCGGCUACCGAGGGCGGGAGAGGGGGCGGCGACCCCUGGGAGGGCGGCGGCGGCUACCGGGAGGGUGGCGGUCAAGGGUGCGGCGGCCGCGGGGGCUGUGAGUGCAGGGCCGGUGGUCAAGGGGUUGGUGGCCACGGGGCCGGGGGUCAGUGGGAAGAGGGUGGCGGUGGCCUCCAAGAUGGCGCCGGCGGCCACGGGGGCGGAAAUCCCGGUGGUCGGGCGGGCUCUGCCGGCCCCGGUGACCACCGGGACCGGGGUUUCGGUGGCCCCGGUGACCACCUGGCAGGGGACAUUGGUGGCCACAGUGACCCCCGGGCCAGGCCGGUGCAGGUGGAGCUGCUGAGCCGGGCCGGACGCUCCGAGUGGCGCAGCCUGAGGGGCUUCGGUCACGGCCGGAGGGGCCUGGGGGACACCAGGGGUGGCCUUGGGGACAUCUGGGACUUCUGA